GUGUCCCGGCCGCGCCUCCUUUCACACGGAUGUCUGGCUCCGCCCACGACUGGGGGGGCGCCGCGGCCUCCCCCCCCUCACCCCUGCGAGCCUCCGAGCCUCGUGCUCGAGGACGACGGCGGCAGAUGCUGGAGGGGGACCUCGGCGACGCCCCGACCUGCGCCCGCUUCCUCGACCGCCUCACCAAGGAGGAGUAUUACAGCAGCAGCAGGUUCGCCAUCGGCUACUCGGAGCUGCAGGCGCGCUGGGGCGGCGAGGCCUGCGCCGGGGCCGAGGGGGGCGACGGCCCCUCCCCCUGGGACUCGUCCUCCAGCUCGCCCUCCCUGGCGGCCCGGAAGCAGUCCCUCGCGCUCGCCCUCGAGGACGCGGCGCAGGACAACCUCCUCGCGCCGGGCGCCCGCCGGUUCUCCCGCCGCUGGUCCUCGUCCGCGGGCGCCUCGCCCCUCGGCACGCCCUCGCCCCUGCUCUCGGCGCCGCCCUCGCCCGUGCCCUCGCCGUCCGAGCGCCCCUCCGCCGCCUCGCCCGACUGCGCCUCCGCCUCCGGCUGCUGCACGGGGAGCAACGACAGCCUCGGCAGCGCGGCCAGCGCCUCCUCCGCCGCCUCCUCGACCCGCAGGCGGCGCAGCGGCCUCAUGGACUCCCUCAGGCGGCUCUUCGGGGGCAAGAGGGCGGCCGCGAACCUGCCGCGGUCGGCGUCGGAGCAACAGAUUUCCGUCUUAGAAGCUGAACUGGAGACCUACAGACAGCUGAGCGAAGCCAAGCGGCAGGCGGCUGACCUCCUCAAGCACCAGCUGAUGGAGGUUCUGUAUCGAGAAAGUGGUGACGGAGGUCGAGGAGAAGCAUCGGAGGGAGACCACUUGGAGGAGAGAUCGAUGCGACUCUAG